UUCUAUAUUAAAAUGUGAUUCUAUAUUGAAAUUCAAACAAGUGAUCAGACCAGAAAUAAACAAUGGAAAAUGAGAUGAAUAGGAAAAAACAACUCAAAGUAUUAUGUCUACAUGGGUUCAGAACAAGUGGAAAAAUACUGCAAAAACUAGUGGAAAGAUGGCCACAACCUUUGCUAGAGAAACUAGACCUUGUUUUCAUGGAUGCCCCUUACCCGGCUCGAGGGAAGUCCGAUGUUGAUGGAAUUUUCGAACCACCUUUUUACGAAUGGUUUCAAUCUGAUCUGGAGUUUAAAGAGUAUUAUAACUUUGAAGAAUGUAUGGCAAAAAUACAAGAGUUUAUGGUGAAUCAUGGACCUUAUGAUGGAAUUCUUGGUUUUUCCCAGGGAGCAAUGUUAACGGCGGCAAUACCAGGGAUGCAAAAGAAAGGGGUGGCUCUAACCGAAGUUCCAAAGGUGAAGUUUGUGAUAGUAAUAUCAGGGGCUAAAUUUGGUGGUACAAAGUUCGGGACUCCUAAACUUACAGCUGAUUCCUUCUCAACUCCGGUCACUACUCCAUCUCUACACCUUAUUGGAGAGGAGGAUUUCAUGAAGCAAGAGAACAUUGAUUUACUAGAAUCCUUCCUGGACCCUGUUGUCAUUAAGCAUCCAAAGGGGCACACAAUACCAAGGCUAGACGAUAAAAGCUUAGAGAUCUUCUGCAACUUCAUCUCCAAAUUUCACGAGUUAUCCUGAUGCCGCUUGGACAAACAUACCAUUAUUGAUUCCAAGUAUAAUUUCAUUUAUAAUUUAAAGAAGUCUACUCAUAAAGUUCAUUGUCUUUAUCAAAAGUGUGUUCAAUGUAGUAACUAUUUAAGCACCAAGCAUUGAUCUAUUUAGGUCCAUUAGCAGUAUUGUGUUGUGAGUUCAUUAAGUUGUUCACGAUUAUUGUUACAACGACAUGAAUUCAUUAAACUCUCCUUUCCGGUUUUCUUUUUUCA